CACAGACACGCACACUUCUCACAAUGCUCCCAGUUUCUUCGACAGUUUUCAGCUCCACAGGCCUUCUCUACUUGAUUGGGAUCUGGGUUGCAUCGCGUCUCGUCCGCGCCUUGUACAAUGUCUCCCCCUUCCACCCCCUCAGCCACAUCCCAGGCCCGAAGCUGGCAGCUGCCACGUUUUUGUAUGAGGCUUGGUUUGAUUUAAUUCGAGGGGGUCGCUUCACCCACGAGAUCAGGCGAUUGCACGAAAUAUAUGGCCCGGUGGUGCGUAUCAACCCAGAGGAACUGCAUUUCAACGACCCCAACUUCAUCGACGAGGUGUACCCUACCGCCGGGCGCACGCGAAACAAACAGGUUCAUUAUGUCACCUUUGCGACCGGACCUACCGCCGAGGCAAUGUUCGCCACCAUUGACCAUAAACAUCAUCGCAUCCGACGCGGCGCGAUGAACAAAUUCUUCUCGCGUGCACAGAUUGCGCGGUUGGAGCCUGAGAUCAAGAGGCUGACCGACCAGCUUUGCGACAAGAUUAUCCGACUCGGCACCAAGGAUCACGAGCCACUCGAUAUCACCACCGCGUAUAGCUGCUUCACCGCGGACGUCAUCUCCGGCUACUGCUUCGGCGAAUCCUUCGGGUUCGUGGAGCAGGAGGGGUGGGAGCCCAACUUCCGCGACGCCGUUGUGGGUCUAUUGGAGACGAUCUUUCUCUUUCGAUUCAUACCUGUAACCAAACUUCUGGUACCCCUAGUCCCGUUUCUGUGGAGAUGGCUGCCCCGAUCAUUGCAGGUGUACAUGGACGAGUCGACGGAGAAAAUGCCGGCUCGCGUCCGCCAAGCGAGACAGGAGUUUGAGACGGGGACCAUCCCCAGCCGGCCGACAAUCUUUCACGCCCUGCUUACCUCUUCGUUGCCGGAGGCUGAAAGAACCGACUACCGGUUGACCGGGGACGGUUUGUCGCUGAAUACCGCCGGGACGGAGACAACCGCUUGGACCCUCACCGUAGCAACAUACUACCUCCUGAGCCAACCAAAGACUCUAGCGCGCCUCGUCGAGGAGCUUGAAAGCGCCGACGCCACCAACCGAACGUGGAACGAGCUCGAGAAACUGCCUUAUCUGAGCGCAGUAAUUGCCGAGGCACUCCGCCUGUCAUACGGAGUCAGCCCGCGGAGCCCGCGGAUCGCGCCGAACGAGCGUCUUAUCUAUCGUGGACGCUUCCAGGGGCGGGAGAUUGUCUACCACAUCCCACCCGGCACGCCCGUCGGCAUGUCCAAUGCAAUCAAUCACCACAAUGAAGAUGUGUUUCCCGACUCGGAUAAUUUCAGGGUUGAGCGAUGGCUUGAAGCCGAUGAAGCUCAGCGCCGCAGAUUGGAAACGAGUUUGACCUCGUUUUCCAGGGGAAGCCGCUCAUGCGUUGGAAUCAAUCUCGCGUACUGUAACCUCUACGUGGCGCUGGCGGCUCUCGCGGUGCAAGUGCUCCCCCGAACACAACUGUACCAGACGACCGUGGAGGAUGUGGCGUAUGAUCAUGAUGUCUUCGUAGGAGUUCCGAAACGCGAUUCGAAAGGGGUGCGGGUUGUUGUUUCUUGAUAGAAGGCUGGGAGUUAGGAUUGGGCCAAUGGUCGAAUUUUGUUAUGUAUGGCUAGAAUCAUGC